CAGACAAGAAUCAGUCUGCAGAAGCAGGUGAGUGAUCGAGCGAGUAGCAAGCGCGGACCUUUCCCAUCCUACAUAAAGACAAAAGCUAUGAUCCUUCUACGUUGGGUUAGCAGAUCGCUGACGCUGUGUUUUUUGUUCCGCUUUGCCCAGUGAUCAUGUUUCGAAAGAUCACUGUGUCUUCCGAGAUCUUGAUGGACAAUGCGAAACGGAAUUACCUAGAUACGAAACUUGAAGACGAUAGACGUAAGAGGGCAAAGUAUGAGCAAUUGGAUAAGAAACGAAGAGAGAUGGUCGAUGCUCUCAAUGCGCGCGAAGAGAAUGCUAAAAAGGCAAAAGUAGAACAGGUCCAGAGGAGGAGAGAACAAGCUGAAGAAGAGGAGAUCAAGGAGGCCGGGAAGAAAAUGUUGGAGGAAGCUCAAAGAAGAGCAGCCGCUGCCUCGGCGGCAGCGGCAGUCACGGCUAAGCAGUCGAACGGGAGCUCUACCCAUGGAGCCACUACUUUCACAGAUUCCUCAGCUCAAGCCGGUCCAUCUCGGUCUUCUCAACCUUCCUCGACCAAGACGAAUGGUCAUGCUUCAUCUCCUCCACCUAAAAUCACCUCGGACGACCUAACGUUGAUCCUCACUUUCCCACCGCUUUCCACUGUUCCCUCGUCUUCCUCCUCCCUCCAAUCGAUCCUCGAAUCAAGAUACGGUCCCAUAGCCCAUCUCAUCUUGAAAGAUCCACCGGCCCCUGUACCGGAUGUAGGGGGAGGCGGAAGGAAGAAAAAGAAAGGCAAAGGAAAGAAAGCAGUGGUGGAAUUCAGUUCUGGUAACUGGGGUGGAUGUUGGGCAUGUUGGCAGGAUCACGUCGAUGGAGAAAUCGAGCAUUCUGCUCAACAUUUGGACCAAGGCAUCAAGGUCCGCUGGCUCAAAGGCGAAACUCCAUCCUGGAUCGAGUGGGCAUCAAACCAGGGUCAGGAUCGUCCACUGAAUGGCACGGGGACACAUCACGCAGACAUUCCAUCAUCAGCGACGAAUGGGACCUUGCGUAAUCUACCGCCUUCAUUUGGCUCUGCGCCAGAGUUGGGCAACGGCGGCACGACAAUGGCAGAUUUGCUGGCUUCUCACAAGGCUAGCAAGGAUGCUGAACGCGCUAAAAGGGCGAAAGAGGACGAGUUCGAAAGUAUGACUCUGCUCCGUAUGCGUCAAUCUGAGCGACAGCGUCUCGCUGAUCAGAUCAGAAGAGAAGAGGAGGAGGAGGAGGAUGGAGGCGACUAGCUUCACGAGACAAGGGCCAGUCUUUCUGUUCUUACUGUAAAAACUUUUUUUUUUGCAUGUUUGCCAGUGUUUUUGGUCUUUUCUCAGUUUCUGACCCCUCAACUCUC